AUGAAAGUCAAUACUGGUGGAAAGCCACAUUCGUGUGAAUAUUGUUCAAAGACGUUUUCUAAGUCUUCACAUUUAAAAACUCACCUGAGAAUUCAUACUGGCGAUAAGCCAUAUUCCUGUGAAUAUUGUCCAAAAACAUUUGCUCAACAGCCAACCUUGAUAGUACAUAGGAGAGUCCAUACUGGAGAAAGGCCAUAUAAGUGUGAAUUUUGUUCAAAGGCAUUUGCUGAAGCUGCAACCCUUAAGUCACACAUGAGAUUACAUACUGGCGAAAGGCCAUAUUCAUGCAAGUAUUGCUCAAAAACGUUUACUCGUAGCCAAGGCUUAAAGUUGCAUUUGAGGUGUCAUACUGGCGAAAAACCAUACUCCUGCAAGCAAUGUUCGAACGCAUAUUCUACCGCUUCAAACCUAAAGUCGCACAUGAGAACACAUACUGGCGAAAGGCCACAUUCAUGCAAAUAUUGUUCUAAAACUUUUUCUCAUUCUGGUUACUUAAAAAAACAUCUGAGAGUUCAUACUGGUGAAAAACCAUAUUCCUGUCCACAUUGCUCAAAAGCAUUUUCUCAAAAUGGAGGCUUAAUAGCACAUAUGAGAAUCCAUAAUGGGGCAAAGACACAUAUAUGCCAUUAUUGCUCAAAGGCAUUUUUAGCUGCUCAUCCGCUAAAGCAACACUUAAGAGUUCAUACUGGCGAAAAACCAUAUUCAUGUGACAGUUGUUCAAAAACCUUUUCACAUUCUGGAGACCUAAAGAAACACAUGAGAGUCCAUACUGGGGAAAAACCGUAUUCAUGUGACAUUUGUUCAAAAGCAUUUUCGAUUGCUUCAAACCUAAGGCAGCAUAUGAGAGUCCAUACCGGAGAAAAACCAUAUUCAUGUGACCAUUGUUCCAAAGCAUUUUCAACUGUUUCAAAACUAAAGGACCAUAUGCGAAUCCAUACUGGUGAAAAACCAUAUUCUUGUCACUGUUGUACCGAGGCUUUUUCACAUGCUUCAGGACUUAAGAGACACAUCGGGAGAGUUCAUACCAGCGAGAAGUGAUAUUUAUGUGAGUGCUGUUAAAAAGCAUUUUCAAAUCUGAAAAACCGUAUUCAUGUGAGU